AUGGAAACCCCAUUGCAGUUGCAGAACGAUUUCUUUCAAGAACAGCAGUUCCAGCACUGUAAGUACCAGCAAUACUGCGGACGAGAGGAACGGCUCACCAAGCAGCGCGAUCCAUGCACCUGCAAUAACUGUACCUGCGAUCCAAGAAAAAGCCUUGUUUUUCGCGGGUCGUCGCCGAACACUGUUGGAACUUUAAGGACACCAUCUGUAACCUCGUCAAAGCAAGGCGGUCAGUUUAGCGUUUGUGAGUUCACACCCUCUAGUCAUGGUAGUUCAACCAGACAGCAUCACCCUCACCGUCAGCAAUGCCACGAUCGGCAACUGGGCAGCCCAAGCAGCAGCCACAAAGAGAGUAACUCAUACAAUGAAAUAGCCAUGAGCAGCUGUAGAUACAACGGCGGCGUAAUGCGGCCGCUGAGCAACUUGAGCUCGUCCCGCAGAAACAUACACGAGUUUGAUUCCGAGUCUCAGCCUCUCCAACCGAUCUCUGCCGCAGACCCGUCGGAAACCUUAAUAUCUAAACCGGAGAACAAUUCAACUACCCUGAUGCCUUACGCAUCGGGAGACGGAGGGGGUGGCCACAGUGGCAGUAAAUCGGGUAAAAAGAAGAACCAGAACAUUGGGGAAAAGCUUGGACACAGAAGGGCCUUGUUUGAGAAAAGGAAACGUCUCAGCGACUAUGCUUUAAUUUUUGGGAUGUUUGGGAUCGUGGUUAUGGUCAUAGAGACCGAACUAUCAUGGGGAGCUUAUGGAAAGGAGUCUUUGUAUUCAUUAGCUCUAAAAUGCCUGAUCACCCUUUCUACAAUAAUUCUCUUGGGUUUGAUCAUCAUCUACCACGCAAGGGAGAUUCAGUUAUUUAUGGUGGACAAUGCAGCGGACGACUGGAGAAUAGCCAUGACGUACGAACGCAUCUUCUUCAUCUGCCUAGAGAUUCUGGUGUGCGCCAUCCACCCCAUCCCGGGGAACUACACCUUCACCUGGACUGCACGCCUGGCCUUCUCCUACACGCCAUCCAAGACCGACGCAGAUGUGGACAUCAUCCUAUCCAUCCCCAUGUUCCUGCGUCUUUACCUCAUCGCCCGUGUCAUGCUGCUCCACAGCAAGCUCUUCACCGAUGCCUCUUCCCGCAGCAUUGGGGCCCUCAACAAGAUCAACUUCAACACGCGUUUUGUCAUGAAGACACUCAUGACCAUCUGCCCUGGCACUGUGUUGCUGGUUUUCACCAUCUCGCUGUGGAUCAUCGCAGCCUGGACUGUCAGAGCCUGCGAAAGAUACCACGACAACAUGGACAUUACCAGCAACUUUCUGGGAGCCAUGUGGUUGAUCUCCAUCACUUUUCUAACAAUUGGAUAUGGGGACAUGGUCCCCAAUACAUACUGUGGAAAAGGAGUGUGUCUCCUGACUGGCAUUAUGGGUGCCGGCUGCACAGCUUUGGUGGUAGCUGUGGUUGCAAAGAAGCUGGAAUUAACCAAAGCUGAAAAACAUGUCCACAAUUUUAUGAUGGACACACAGCUGACAAAAAGAGUGAAAAACACUGCUGCAAACGUACUCAGGGAGACGUGGCUCAUCUAUAAGAACACCAAACUAGUAAGGAAGAUGGACCAUGCCAGAGUCAGAAAGCACCAGAGGAAGUUCCUCCAAGCUAUCCAUCAAGCUCGAAAAUUGAGAAGUGUUAAAAUGGAGCAACGCAAGCUGAAUGACCAAGCAAACUCACUAGUGGACCUUGCAAAGACCCAGAACAUCAUGUAUGACCUCAUCUCAGACCUGAACGAGAGAGGGGAGGACAUGGAGAAGAGAAUUGCCCUCUUGGAAACCAAGCUGGAGACGCUGCUGGGGAACCUCCAGGCCCUCCCCGGCCUCAUCAGCCAGGUCAUCAGCCAGCAGCACAGGGACUUCCUGGAGGUGCAGCUCCAGCCGUACGAUAAACACAGCCCUGAGCGCUCACAAUCCGUGUCACGGCGGAGGUCGUCUUCCACUGCCCCGCCCACCUCCUCUGAGAGUAGCUAG